CUGUAUAUAUAAGUGCAUGAGUCAAGCACUGCAUCAUUACUAAAGGAUCACUGGAAGAAAAAAGCCUGUAAGGACUUUCAGGACAUGGCAGAAACAUGGAACAGUGCUGUAAGGCAAAAGUCUACUGAGCUUCAUGGACACACUUGGCAUGUUACAUUUGAUGACUCUAUUACGCCAGAUGGCACAGCUCCUGGAUGGUACCAGUACAUUUCUGGAUCUUUCGCAGGGUUCACCUGUUCUCUUUGUAAAAGAUACUGGGCGUCUAAAAGAGUGCAGGUGAUCUUCCAUUUCUACCUGAACUCAGCAAGCAACCAGGGAACCAUUAAGGUGCGAUGCUUCAAACAGGAAUGUAAGAGGUGUGAUGAAGCUCAGAUGGAGGAACCAAACUUCCCGGUGGAAAAUGUCGACGUGCUGGUUGAGAGACUGGUUGGAAAGAUUCGUAUGAGAUGCUACAAGGAAGAUCUGGGUGACACAAACAGGGCCUCAAAGCUUUUUGACAAAAUAGAAGGACCUCAUGAAAGUUUGCAUUGUGAAGCCUGUCAUCUUGGCAUCUGUAGUCAGGCCAAAUGAUACUGAUGUCAUUUAUCAGUUAAAACCAGAACUAUUCUUUAGAAUCUACUUGUUGUUGAUAGUGUAUGUUUUGGGUUCAACUAAAUCUGGGUGAAACAAAACUGUUAUAACACUGGUUUUUAAAAAUGUAAUGUAAUACGCAACGUUAAUACAAAUAUAUUGUAAAACAUGACAUAAAUUAAAGGACCUUCAAAAUAAAAAU